UCCAGGCGCCCGGGAGGCGGAGUCGGCAGCGGAGGCUGCGCGCGGGCCACGCGCGGCGGCGACUCAGGCUAGGCAGCCGCGUUGCCCCACUGCCCUUCGGUGCGCGCAGGUCCGCUCCCCUUCCAAAAACUGCGGAGCGGGAGGCGCUGCCGCUAGUUCGAGAGCUCGGCCGGGGCAGCGCAGCCUCCGGCCGCCCCUCACUCCCGGGCGCCACAACCCGGCGCCCUCGCCGCUGCUGCGUCCCGCGAGACCUGUGUGGAGUCCGGGAGUCAGUUCGGGUUCCCUUUCAGCGCACGUGGUCCUGGGACAUUCCACCCAGGAACCCAGGCGGCACCGCGCAGGGAUUCCCAGCAGCGGGGUUCUGGCCCCAGCACGCGUUGCGGCAGCCUGGCGAGCCUCCUUGCGGCCUCCAAGUGCCGGUGGGGUGCGUGCGCAGGGGGCAGAAAAGUCAUGUCUUCUUCCAGAGUGGGACUCCGUUUGGCUGCCUGUUUACUAAACAUUUCAGAAGCCAGAAGAAAAUACAUUGUUGAGAACAUAGCAAAAGCAGCUCUUCUUGACAAAAAUGGAAAGGAACAUCCUCAAGUGUCAGUGCUCAAUAUAUUUUCUGAUCAAGACUACAAUAGAUCAGUCAUUACAAUAGCAGCUUCUGUUGAUAAGUUGGGCAGUUCUGUUCUGGCUGCCUGCCUAGAGGCCUUCCAGGCUAUCGAUAUGGAAGUUCAAGAGGGAAUCCACCCUUGCCUGGGAGCAGUGGACCUGGUUCCGAUUUACCCUCUCUCUGGAAUCACAGUGGAAGAGUGUGGAGUGGUGGCCAGAAGCCUUGCUGAGGAUCUGGUGCGGCAUGUUCCUGGCUGUAGCAUGUUUCUCUUUGGCGAAGCUGACCUGCCUGAGAAGCGUAGUCUUGUCCAGAGAAGGAAGCAGCUGGGUUGGUUCACGAGGAGAGAUUUCAGUGCUCUUCAGCUUGACCUGGGAGCUGCCCCUGCCCGAAGAUGUGGUUUAACAGGUGUUGGUGCCAGCCCGUAUGUGAUGAACUGCAACAUUACCAUAGAUUCUCAAGACAUGUCUGCAGGAAGAGAGAUCGCUAGUGCCAUUCGGGGCUCAAAUGCAAAUGGAUUGAAGGGUGUCCGAGCGAUGGCUUUUCCCCACGAGGGAAAAAUUGAAAUAGCCUGCAACGUGGAGAGUUUUGAUGACCAAGAAGCUGCAGAAAUCUCAGAAGACUUCCAAUGUGUGUCUUACAGUGUCCUUGGUGAUCAGUUUUCUUACGUGUCUCCUCAUUACAUAGAAGCUCAAGUUAAAAAGUUGGCAAGUGAUUGGGGAAUUGGUACUAAAGGGAGAGCAUUAGUUGGAUUUACACCCCAAGAGUGCAAGAACUGUGCUGAAUAUGCUAUAAAGGAAAAUAUUGGGGAAUUCUGGAAGAUUCGGGGAGGUGUUUUCAUGUGAUCCAAUCUAAGGCCUCACUGAAAUUUUAAGGAAAAUUAUUAGUCGUUACAAAAUUUUCUUUUGAGCAGUGAAGAUGUGGAGAAACUACAAAGGGCUUAGUUGCAGCCAUGUAUUGGAAAAUUGAAAGCAUUCUUUGUUCAACAACAAGUGUUCAUAGAUUAUUCUUAAUUACCUUGUAUUUCUAGUCAUUGUUACAAUUUCGAGAGAAUCUACUUUGUAUCAUGUGCUAGUAAUUUGUAAGCAUUAGAAGCUCUUCUGAAUCAACUGAGUAAAAUGGCCAUGGUUUCUGAACCAUCUUUCAUUAUUAUAAGAAAAAAAGAUAAAAUGGACUUGAUUGGAUUUUCCUGAAUGAACUCUCAAGUUCCAUAUUCAACUCUCAUGUUUUGAGUAAUUACUACUUUAUUUAUUUAUUUUUUUGAGACAGGGUCUCACUCUGUCACCCAGGCUCAUGGAUCAUUGCAGCCUCUCCCUCCUGGGCUUAGGCAGCCCUCCCACCUCAGCUUCCCAAGUAGAGG